GAACGAUCGACUCGAUGUCCGCCGUCGCCCACACGUCGCUCGCCAUGAGCAAGGCCACCGCCGUGCGCGGUGCGUCCGUGAAACGGUCCACCGCCGCGCAGCGCGCGACGGCGCCGCAGCGAUCCCUCGUGAUUCGCAACGCGAGCCCGAAGGAAAUGCGCGACCGCAUCGCGUCGGUCGGUAACACGAAGAAGAUCACCGAUGCGAUGAAGCUCGUCGCGGCGGCGAAGGUGCGCAAGGCGCAAGACGCCGUCAUUGGCGCGCGCCCGUUCUCUGAGUCUUUGGUCAAGGUUUUGUUCGCCAUCAACAGCCGAUUGGCUGGUGAGGAUGUGGACGUGCCGUUGACGAAGAUGCGCCCGGUGAAGACGGCGAUGCUCGUCGUCUGCACGGGUGAUCGUGGUUUGUGCGGGGGGUUCAACAACUUCAUUAUUCGCAAGACGGAGCAGCGCGUGGCGGAGCUCAAGGCGCAAGGCGUUGAAUGCAAGCUCAUCACCGUCGGUAAGAAGGGUGGUGUGUACUUCAACCGUCGCAAGGAGCAAUACAACUUGGUCAAGCGCUUCGACAUGGGUCAAGCGCCGUCCACGCAAGACGCGCAAACCAUCGCCGACGAAAUCUUCGCCGAGUUCACCUCGGAGGAAGUCGACAAGGUCGAGAUGAUUUACUCCCGAUUCGUUUCCCUCAUCGCUGCGGAGCCGACCGUGCAAACCAUUUUGCCGCUCUCCAAGGAAGGUGAGGUGUGCAACGUUGACGGUGUUUGCAUUGACGCGGCGAACGAUGAAAUCUUCAAGCUCACGACUGAAGAUGGCAAGUUCGCCGUCAAGCGCGAAGCGUCUGACACGGAGGUUUCUGAGUUUGAGGGUGUCAUGCAGUUCGAGCAAGACCCGAACCAAAUUCUUGAUGCCCUCAUGCCGCUGUACAUGAACUCCCAAAUCCUCCGUGCGCUCCAAGAGUCUCUCGCCUCUGAGCUCGCGGCGCGCAUGAACGCGAUGUCCACCGCCUCGGACAACGCCAAGGAGCUCAAGAAGACCUUGUCUUUGGUUUACAACCGCGCUCGCCAAGCGAAGAUUACCUCGGAAAUUAUCGAGCUCGUCGCCGGUGCCUCCGCCGCGUAAGCCACCGACCAUUCAUUUCCUUAGAAGGGAUUGUUUGUUUCGUUCGCCGGUUUCCGCGCGCGCGAACGCACUAGAAGCGCCUGUCUGCGCCCGAUUUCUCACGCGCGCCGCCGCGGCGCGAGCGUCCAUCGCCUCGAUCAUCGCUCGCGCCCGACGCGUCUGUCGAAUCAGUCGCGCGACACUUAGCACAUAAUCACUAUUGCAAUCAGCAGUUUGAACCAACUCUGAAUCCUCGCCUUCGCAGUCAAAAUAAGUGCGACCGACCGCCGAUCGGCACGUUACGAUCGAGCCCUCUCGCUCGAUCGCCACACGGUGCCUCGCAUCGCUCGACCGCGCGCGUCGUCGCGAAUCACCAACAAUGCGCGCCAGCGUCGACGCCGCGCGCGCUCGCGCGCCGACGCCAUCGCGCGCGCGGCGCGGCGGCGACCGCAAACGUCGAACACCUCCGGUGACGAUUCUCGCCGCCGCGCGCGGUAACGUCCGCGUCGACGCCAUGGCGAUCGGCGGUGGACACACCCAUCAUCAUAAUCACCACCACGACCACGGACACGGGUGGUUCAAGUCGCGCGCGGCGCGCGAUUUGGAGAAGUGGCACAAGACGCAAGAGGGACGCGCGGCGUUGGAAUUGGCGGAUCGAGAGACGCGCGGCGCGGCGUCGACGAAGGCGCUCCAGAUGGUGAAAGAUCACGUCGCGAACGAAGCGCCGAAACCGGAUACGCUGGUGCACCACGCGCAGCCGCAUGAAAUCGACCAGACGACGCGAUGGGUCAUCGCGACGUUUUUGAACCGGUUGAUUCACGUGCCGAUGAUGAAUCCGAUGACGGAACAAAUCAUCUGCGUCAAGGCGGUCGACUGCAUCGCUGACGCUAUCGAGCGCGAGCUGCGCCGCACUGGCGCGGGUCACUUUUUUAACGACGCCGUGGAGCACGAACGGCGAGGUGACCUCGAGGAGUGGUUGAACAACGUGUGCGACGAUUUGAACUUGGUCAUAGACGUGCCGAUGUUGGACGAAAGGCAAGAAUUUGAUUGUAUUCACGCCGUGAUGUCGAUCGUGACGCAUCAAUACUUGGAAGCAAAGAAGAGGGACGAAAAAGACAAUCCAAUCAAGCACAAGUGGAUUUUGCUUGUGAACAUGCUCGGCUAAACGAUGUGUGUAUGUAUGUGGCUGACGCACACGAAAGAUAGCUGUAAAAUAAGUUGAACCCACUAACCGGCGCGAGAAUUAGCGUGUAUUUAACCUAUGUGAUAUCACAUAGGUUAUUAUCAAUAAUAAGAGUGUCAUAAUCUACAUCC